CUGUUGCUGCAUUUGUAUUUGUUUUUAAUUAAAUGUAUUUACAGCAAAUAUGACGUUCACACCAGUUGGUUUCCCUCAAUGCAUUUCUGUGUGUGUUUGUAGCUUUGGUUUCCUUCUUUAGUAACAACCCAUUGGUUGUUAUGCUUACUUCUUCUGUUAAUCUAUCAUUUUGAUAGAAUUUCUACCACGUAAAGAAAAUUUUACCUGAAGAAUUUUUCAAAUUUAUAAUUGCAUAUGUGGGGAAUAGAUGCUUUAACAAAACUCUGCUGCCAUCUCGUGGCGAUCAUUUGGAAUUAAACCCACGUGUAACACAAAGCUAUACAUCGUAGCAAUAAUGAUAAUAAUAACAAAAAUAAGAAUAAUAAUAUCACCAACAACAGAAAAGUUUAAAGUAUUUUAUGAUGGUCUAUUGCAGGGGUUCCCAACCUAUUCCACUAAGGCACACUGUGGGUGCAGGAUUUCAUUCUUACCAAACAAGAUGACAACACUUUUUCCCCAAUCUGGUGUUUUACAAGUGCAAUCAGUUGAUUGCAGUCAGGUGUGGCUUGUUUUAGCAGAAGCCUCAUUGGUUCAACUGUCUCUGCUGGAUCGGCUGGAACAAAAACCAGGACCCACAGUGUGCCUUGAGGACUGGGUUGAAAACCCCUGGUCUAUUGAAAUAAAAAGCGCACCACGUUUGCAAGGACGCGUUCCAGCUCUGACGUCUCGUGAAGGUAUUGUGCGCAGAGGAAGUAGUGCGCACGACAUUUCAGAAUAAAAGCAUUUGACUCUCCGUUGUCAAGCAGCCAGCAUGAUCGCAAAUCCGACCUUUCUGUUUUUCAUGAUGAUAACCGGAUAUCAACCCUCAUCCAUCCGACCAUUCUGCUCGCUGCAUGGCUUGUUGUUGUUUUAAUCCACGCGUCACGCACUCUUACGGGUUACCAAACUUGGCAUAUGCACAACAGCAGACACAAAAGGGGACAUAAUGUGACAUCCUCCCAACCGGGACUUGAUGCCGUGUGUCCAGUAUGGGGACUAGUUUCUCCAACCUGGCAGCCUUCCAGUCCCUGCACAUCGUCAUGCUGGGUUUGGACUCUGCGGGCAAAACCACUGUGCUCUACCGGCUCCGGUUCAACGAGUUCGUCAACACGGUGCCCACCAUCGGCUUCAACACAGAGCGGAUCCGGCUGGGAGGCGCGGGCACAUCCAGGGGCAUCAGCUGCCACUUCUGGGACGUCGGCGGCCAAGAGAAGCUGCGGCCCCUGUGGAAACCCUAUAGUCGCUGCACAGACGGCAUCGUUUACGUGGUGGACUCUGUAGACGCCGAGAGGCUGGAGGAGGCCCGGGCCGAGCUGCACAAGAUCACCCGCUUCUCCGAGAAUCACGGGACCCCGCUGCUGGUCAUCGCCAACAAGCAGGACCUGCCGCGGGCCCUGGACGUGGCGGACAUCGAGCGGCAGCUGGCCCUGAGCGAACUGAGCCCGUCCACGCCGUACCACGUCCAACCCGCCUGCGCCAUCAUCGGCGAGGGUCUGCACGAGGGCAUGGACAAGCUGCACGAGAUGAUCGUCAAGAGGAGGAAAUCGCUCAAGCAGAAGAAAAAGAGGCAAUGAGGAAAGCAAUAAUACUGUACAUUUACAUAUGGUAGCACGGGAGCCAUUGCCAGCCUCCGUUUAUCAUCAUGAUCAUCAUGAUAAUUCAGUGAGGGGAUAUCCAGUGCUUAACACAUUUAAGACCACCUGACAUAGAAUUACAAUUUCUUUAAUGUUGUUUCAGGAUUGAGGGGUUCCCAACUCAAAAGGCCUUUUGCAUCAGUAUCUGAGGUGUUCUCUAAGAAUUCAUAAAUUAAUUAACUGCACAAAAACUACUAGUCCAUCAUUUGACAUUGCAAGGAUAAAUGAUAGUUUUAUUGAUUUGUCAGCCUUUUGUAAUACAGUGAAUGAAAAUGUUAUAACAUUAAAAAUAAGCACACAAUUAAACAAAGAAAUGUAUUUCUGACUGCAGACUAAAGCUGCCGUCUCAAAAACUGUUCAUUUAUAACGGCAUGGCCUAGAAAAGAUGGUCAAAGUUUAUUCCCACUAUAGGUUGUGGGAGCCCUAUAGUGACUAGGUCCAAGUGUCCUUGAGUAAUCAGAAUUAUUGGCCAAGUAUGAUAGAAACUGGGAGAGCUGGCAGUAUAAAUCAACACAGCAAGCCCUUCAAAUUAAAAAGGAUCGGACGCCUAUUGCCGUCAAUGGCACUGAAUUACUUAAAAGAGGGUAAAUUUGGGCGUUUGAGUAGCAUUAUUCAUAAAUAAUUAAAAUUAUCAUUAACAAUUACAAAUAAAAACAUAGUGAGUACAUAGUGGUGUAAACUUUACAUUGAAUUACAUUGGUGGUCUAUUACAUGUUUUAAGAACUGUAAAUCCAUUUAACGUUUUAUUGGCAGGGAACAUAUUUCGAAAACCCCCCAUUAAUCUGACAUGCAAUCGCAUGAGCAAUCAUUGCAGUCUUACAUAUACGAGAUGAUCACUAGCUCCUGCAAGCUUCUCCCCUACAACAAAGGCUGCAAGCCCCGAGGGAACAUCAGCACUUCAUCCAUCCAUCUUGGAUGUCACGACAUUUGUCAUGCAAGCGACGUUUGUCGAUCCCUUCACCUGGAGUCCAGGAUGACAAGAUGAUGUCAAGGUCAUUAAGCCUCUUAAAAAAUAUAUACUAAUGUCAGGAGGCCUGAAUGCCUUUGAACUUGCUACUGGAACAACUGUUAUUAUAGCAACUCAAGAAAGCUGAUUUUUAAGUGCCGUAUGUUCAAACAGUGAGACAUUUGCACAUUGAGAAGAAUCGUCAUUGAAAACCAUCCCCAUCUCUUCCAACAAUAACCAAUCAGUAGCAGAAGAUGCCGCAUGCAAGCUAUAGAUGCACAAUGACUAAUGAUGUGCCAAAUAACUUUGUGUCUCCUUCAUCAUUGCAGCUUGAGCAAAGUUUUAGACCAGAGGUGUUCAAACUGCUGUGAAGAGUUUUGUUUGUUUUGUUUGUUGUUUUAAUCUAAAAUUUGACUUGGCUUGAAAACAAAUGGCAGUAUAUUACUCUUUAAGUUGAAGAACUUUAAAACCUUUCUGACGCUGCAUCUAAAAUGACUUAAUAUUCAGCUCUUAACCCACAAUGUAGGCUAGAGAAUUGGUGUACUUAGUCGUACAUGCAUUUCAGGGCAUCAUUAAGCAAUGAGUAGCUUGUUGCCAUACGGCUUUUGAGAAACAAAGCCAUUUUGGUGUGAAAUCACCAUAGAAUGUUGUGUGCUCAUGCAGCAAAACGACUGCUUGGACUUUUAUGCACGAUUAAUGAAGGUGAGGUACUGCAGUAUGUGAUACUUAAAUGUGCCACCAGAUGGCCAGCCGUGAAAGUUGACCGAACAUGUUUCAGCAAAUCCAAAUGUGUUGUGAGAAGGCAAAUUGCAUUAAACAAGUAUUUUGGGAAUAAAACGCUUAGUGACUAAUGA